AUCUAGGGUUUACGCACGCCACUGAGAAGUUCAUCGCAGAGAACACAGAGAGAACAGAGAAAAUGCCGGCGGCUAAGCAGAGGACCCCUAAAGUAAGCCGGAACCCCGAUCUGAUCAGGGGCGUCGGAAAAUACUCUCGCUCCCAAAUGUACCACAAGAGGGGGUUGUGGGCAAUCAAGGCCAAAAACGGCGGCGUUUUCCCCCGUCACGACGCUAAGUCCAAGGUCGAAGCUCCGGUUGAGAAGCCGGCCAAGUUCUACCCGGCGGAAGACGUUAAGAAGCCGCUCGCCAACAGGCGCAAGCCUAAGCCUACCAAGCUUAAAGCAAGCAUUACUCCAGGAACUGUGUUGAUCAUCCUUGCUGGUAGAUUCAAGGGCAAGAGAGUUGUCUUUCUCAAGCAACUCACUUCUGGUUUGCUUUUGAUAACUGGACCAUUCAAGAUCAACGGUGUUCCGUUGAGACGUGUUAACCAGUCGUACGUGAUUGGAACCUCCACGAAGGUUGACAUUUCUGGAGUCAACACUGAGAAAUUCGAUGACAAGUACUUCGGAAAGGUUGCUGAGAAGAAGACGAAGAAAGGAGAAGGCGAGUUCUUUGAAGCUGACAAAGAGGUGAAGAAAGAGAUCCCUCAAGAGAAGAAGGAAGACCAGAAAACCGUAGACGCAGCUCUGAUCAAAUCCAUUGAAGCAGUCCCAGAGCUCAAGACUUACCUCGGCGCCAGGUUCUCUCUGUCACAAGGAAUGAAACCACAUGAGCUUGUCUUCUAGAUUUCAUCAUCUUAUCGUUUUGUUUCCCUUCAUGUUUCAACAACAUCUGUUUUCCCCUGAGAGUUUUUGUCCCUGGAUCUUAAAAAAAUACACUAUUUUCUCUGAUUUAUAUAUCAACGUUCUAUCAA